CUUUCCGUCACUUUGUUACCGCGGUGGGAAUUGUAGGUUAUUUUCUUAUAUGUAGCGUCCUUUGGAUUUUUUAAUAUAUUUAAUGUAUUUAUCUUGUUAUUCUAUAUAACGUUUAAAGGUUCGUUGAUUAAAAAGUGUUUUUUUGUGGUUACAGAGUGAGUGUAACGCUGUGGCUAUUUAAAUUUUGUGAAUACAUAUCAAUUUUGAUUAGCAAUGAAGAUGGGAAAAAAAGUUAGAGAAUAUAAAGCGGGAGACUUUAUAUUCGCUAAAGUGAAAGGAUAUCCAGCGUGGCCUGCAAGAGUGCAACGACCAAAUGGAAAGAAAUACUUUGUGUAUUUUUAUGGGACGGCUGAAACAGCUAACCUGCCGCCAAAUAUGAUUUUCGAUUACGCCGAGAAUAAAGAUAAAUUUUUGACUAAAACAGUUAAACGACGAGAUUUUAAUGAUGGUGUUAAACAGAUCGAAUAUGACUUCGCUAAUAAUGUUCCGGUGGAGCAGGUUGUUGGUUCGUCUUCGAAUGAAUCAACGAACAAUGAAACUCAUGAAGAUGACUCGGCCCUUGAGACGACGGCUGAUGACACGAUGGCGGAUGAGUCAACACUUAAUAUGACACAAAAUGACACUUUAGCUGAUGAAUCGGACGUUGGAUUAGUAAUUGACGAAGUUAAGACUAAAGGCAAAAAGUCAAUUAAAUCAGCAAAGGAAACGCCGAAGAAGGAAGUAAAAACACCGAAAGCGAAGAAGAACGAGGAAGAAGAGAAGAAGGACGAGGAAGUUGUUAGUAGAAGCGGAAGGAAGAUCAAGCCUAAGAGAUACAUUGACGAACAUACAGAGGAGAACACGGCGUUGCAAGCCCCAGCUGCGAAGAAGAAACGUGCGAUUUCACCGACUCCGGAAAAGGAGGGGAAGAACGAGCCGUUUAAACACUAUCGUGUUACUUUACAGUCGGAACUUGAAGAUCUAAAAGAACCCUUUAAUUAUGACGUGACAGAUAAGGAGAACAUAUUGAUUGCAUAUCUGCCAUCGGGACAGUAUGUUGGUAUCAAGCUGUUCCAAUCAAGGCCAACCAACUUUAAGAAUGAGGGUGCUAGGCUGAAAUGGGACAAGCAACAGGCGGCGAAUGCUAUUACCAUGAAACUGCAAUUAGAGCACGGUCAGAUAACACCUCAAUCUGUGGCUGGACAGCUUAUUAUGGAGUUAAAUUUGAACGAUGAAGAGAAGGAGCUUUUGGACAAGGAAAGAGAUCUUGGUGAUAAGAAAUCCCGACUCCACUUCCUGAAGACGGAAGUGAAAAUGAUGGAAUUGGACGCGAAAAUCAAAACUUGUCUGUGUUUAGAGAAGGCAGACACAGAAAUGUGUCUAAAGUUGUUGGACGAGUUGAUGGAACUGGACACGAAGCCUCUCAUGCUGCUCAAGCACCCAGUGUGCCUCGAGACCGUGAAGCGCAUGCGCGCGUACGUGGGCAACACGGCCUCGUGGGACCUCAGCGAGGCGGAGGCCGUCCUCUUCAGCAAACACGCGCAUCGGAUACGGAAGCAGGCGGACGUCAUCUACAACAGCAUGAAGAAACUCUUCUCGCCCCCCGAAGGGCUCUCCUUCUUUGAGUACUUCAACGAAAGAGUGGACACCUUCAAACAGAUCACCAGCAAAAUGUCCCAAGUGGACGUCAUGGAGAUGGUCCUCGAACCCAUAGAAAUGUCACAGCCGACAUCUCACACGAUGAAGUCAGCCAUUCAAUCGGCGAAUGACAUUACCAACUUAGUAGACGGUCAGGCGAAGCAGACCGUUUCAGUAAAACCCAAGAAGAUAGCGAACAUCCUGACAAAGACGCCGAAGAAGAAGAAUGCAAAGAAGCAAGAACAGAAGCCGCAAGUGGAGAAGAAAAAGGAGGAGAAUGAAUAUGAAGCUGAGAAAGAAGAGAAGAGUGAGAAGGAAGACACAAUAGCAGAGGAAGAGAGCGCAAAAGACGAAGAAGAAGAGAACAAAGAUCUUGAAAGCAUGGAGAAAGAAGACACAAAUACAGACACAUCGAAUGACACAAUGGAGGCAAUUAAAGACAUAGAUAAGGAGAUGGAGAAAGACACAGAAGAGAAAGUGGAGAAGAGAAAAUUCAGCAUAGAAUCGAAAUCGAGUUUAGAAGAGAAGGAAGAUGAACCCAAAGCUAAGAAAACGAGAGAGAGCAAGAAGACUGAACUACCACCUCUGAAAUCUCCUGCGAAAAGAAAAUCAAAUGUUUGAAAAAUAAAUUUCACUGUCGCUCAGAGUCGAUCGAUGAUGAUAAAUGUACUUAAGUAUACAUUUAAUCGAGCAUAUUAUAAAGACUUUAAUGAACGACUUUGAGUCUAAUUAAGUAUAUAAAGUAGCAAUAUUAUAGUAUUGUAAUAUAAUUAAGCGUUCUAUUUACGGAUCGUUAUUGUAGUGGAUGGUUGGUUUAAAAACUGAUUGGAAAUAUUCCAAUAUAAUGCCACUAGUGUUAUACAAAUAAGUGUCUAAUAUGAAUGCAUCAAAAUAUUCUUAUUGAGAAUAUUCUGUCGUUUAACAAAUCACUUUUAAGUGAUAUUUCUAUACAUUAGAACAUUAAGUACCAUAGUACAUAAAUCAUGUAAUUGGUGAAGUUAUAUAAAUAAAUAUAUAAAAAUUG